ACAAUAAACAUAACUAUGCCAUUGUUCAGUAUUUUUCACUCAAUAUUAAUUAUUUUCAUCUUACAACUUUUAUGUAAUGGUACCUAUUCCAAACUUAAUCUAAAAUAUGCUAUUUUAAGGCAAAAACAAGCAUCUAAAUUACAAAAUGACACGUUUGUCAAUCAACAAAGAAUCAAAUAUGAUGCUCAGAAAACAAUGAGAGUUAUUUUCUAUAAGAACAAUACCAAAACUCUGGAAACAUCAGCAUAUGACGAUACCUAUGAUCUUAAUGGAUCAGGUUGCUCGGCUUCCGAAAAGUUUGCCAUUGUUUUACAUGGGUGGAUCCAAAGUUGUACAGACGAAUGGGCAACAUCACUAAUUGAACGGCUCAGCUACUACCGCGGCGGUUGCGUGAUAUGCAUUGACUAUAGUGUGGUAGCCAGUUCCUCAUAUAUGCGGUUAUAUACGAACUUUAAUACCCUGACUGGAGCCAUAACUUCCAUUAUUUUAGCGCUCAUUAAGCAGGGAUUUGACCCAAAACGAGGCUAUUUGUUUGGCUUUAGCUUCGGCGGACAACUAGCUUCAGCAGUGGGAAGAAAUUUAUAUCCUCAUCAUGUUAUCGAAAGCAUAGAUACGUGUGACAUGGCUGGACCCGGUUUUGAUCCCAUUGCAGUUGACCACUCGAAGGCCGGAAAACAUGUCCAGUGUUUCCAUUCGAGUCAGGAUAAAGGAACCUUUGUGUACUCCUGCCACCGGAAUAUAAUGCUGGGCAGCUGUGGACUUAAGCAGCCCUCUGUGGCCAGCCAACUUCACUUGGGAAGUCAUGGUCUCUGCGUCGACAUUUACAUUAACACCUUCGACUAUCCCUUCUACGCCUUAAACUCCACGCCUCCCGAGUGCUUUACGUGGCAUGAGGCAGCCAAGAUACCAGAUGGCUAUACGGUGGGCUACGAGGAAAACUUUGACGGUCAGGUCACUGGCCAAAUCUUUGUCCCAACUAGUUUGCAUUAUCCCUACAACUUAUCCAAAAAGCAGCUCAUGUUGCUUUCAAAAAACAAUGGGUAACCCUACGAUAGAAUACCUUUUUUUUAUUUUGGUUAGUAAUGUAAGUAGCCAAUUUACUUUCAUCUAGUUAAGUUAAUUAUUUAUUACCUCAAAAGAUUUAAAUUUAAAU